AUGGCAUCGCUCAAGGUCCUGGCAGUCCAAAAGAACAAGAUUCAGCGUCUACCAUUCUGUAUCUCUGAAAUGACUGUGCUACUCGCCCUUAAGAUCGACGGCAACCCGUUGACUCCGAUGCUGAGUCGUAUUGUCGAGGCACAGUCCCUUGGUGCUGCUUCCAAAAGUGCUCGAGACAACGAAAACAAUGAUAUGGCUGUUACGGCUCAGAUAAAACAAGUCUUGAAACACGAGGCUAGGUCUACUGCAAGCCGGUCUGUAUCGCAGACAGCGCUGGGCUCAAAUCAACAGUUCGAACCGCGCCAACACUCUUCAAAGCGAAGCCGUGCUGGGCGGUUCCCUGUUAAAGUCGAUGGAGCCGAUCUUCCAACCUCACGUCCAUCACUGCUCUCGCCCAAGUCACACUCAAAAGCUCCGUCAAUGCAUAGCAAAGCGCUCUGGAGCCCCAGUACAUCUUACCAGAAACAAGAUGAGGGAGAGCAUUCAUCAAACAACCCUGACGGCCUUCAGACACCCGAUCCACAGAAUGUCCGUGCCUGCAAAGAUCCGUCAGUGACCCACGUGAAUAAGAGGUUCGGGUUGCAACAGAUCCCCCAAUUGCCCUCCACAGACCGACUGAGUCAGCAUCUUCGUGGACUCAGUCUCAACACUGCCAUAUACCCAAGAGUCCAGUCACAAGAGCCGAAAGACUAUUCAUCCCCAUCGACAGGUGAACUCCUCAACAUCGUUCCUAUUUCCCGGUCUAAUACACGCGAUCCCCUAUUGGAGAUGGCACGAACAGUAUUUUUCUCCAUCCAUCGAAUACACUGGCUCAUCGAAGUUCUAUCAGACCUCACAAGCGACGGAGGCUCUAAACGAUCAAGUCUUCAGAUGGUAGCAUAUAACGCAAGGCUCCACCUGGGCGAACUUGGAGAGCAGAUUCAGACUCACGUCGCCCAGGCUGGUGACAUCUCGAAGAUGAAACAAAGCAUGAGCCAGAUUAGACGCGCUUGCGGUGUUCUAACGAAGGCGUAUCUUCCCAUCUGUUCGCAAGUCUGUCGAAAUAUUGAAGUUCUUGUUGAACGGGCAGAGGGGCGCUUUGUUAGCGACUUGAUCUACAGCCUUUAUGCUAGUAUCAUGGGACUACGAGCCGAGUUUCUUUGUUUCCAGAAACAAGCUACUCUCCAGCUGAACACUGAGCCUGGCUCCGCAACAGGGCAACCACAAGAAAAUUCAAAUGGCAAAUCAAGUCUAUCUAUUCCAACAACUCAUACUAGACGCUCCUCAAACGAAGAUGCAGCACCUCAAGGGAAUCCAUGGACACCUCCACCGCCAGCACGUACAUUGACGUUAGAUGGGGAACCUGAGGUUCUUCAUCAGUUAUACUUAGCUCUCCGCCGACUAUGCAAGCUCAUUCCAGAGAAUCUACCAUCUACCGGCCGCAAGUUCCAAACCCAGAUACAGGAUGUAAAGAGACAACAGUCUGCACUGGAUGCCUGCUCAAGAGUCCUCAGGCUAUCAGAAGCUAUCAAGCAAAGCCUUGCACCCGUCCAUAUGAAGUUGAGCGCUCCACUCCGCAACCUCUAUUAUCAACUCGUUGAUGCCUGGGCUACCUUCGGUGGUAUUGUGAAAUCGCUCAACAGCCAACUGGGUCUUGAACCAGAUUCAAGAAAGAGACUUCAACAAAUACAGCAACUUGUCAAAGAAGUGAUGCAGUGCUUAAGAGUUCUGCCAAUAAACACAAACGCCAACACAGCGUUCAAUGAUAGUCUUCCGCUGACUCCACAGCAGGCAUCGCUGGGACCGGCAGUCCAAGCGACAAUCUCACUUUCGCCAUAA